AUGACGGCGUCGCCGCCAGCGUCGCCUACGGGCGCAGGGCCCCAGAGACCUUUUAGCGCCCUGAUGCGCACUCCGAGGAGCAACAGCCGUUUGAGCAUGAGCAGUAAACAUGGGGGAAGCAGGGCCUCUGACGAGGAUGGGAAAACCGCGGUCAAAGUUGCUGUUCGUGUCCGCCCGCCUCUGAAGCCCACGGAUCCCGGCUAUGAAUUGAUCCCGCAGCGAUUCCAGCGUACCAUGGCCCACGUCACAUCACCCACAAGUUUAGCCGUCGAUGUACCCCAGGGCCGCAAGUUGUUCGUCUUCGAUCGCGUUUUCGCCGAAACAGUCGACCAAGAAGGCAUCUGGGAUUACCUCAGCGACAGCGUUGGUUCUUUCCUGCAGGGUUACAAUGUCUCUAUUUUGGCGUACGGCCAGUCGGGCGCUGGUAAAUCCUACACAAUGGGAACAGCAGGCCCAAAUGAGCAGGAUGCGGAGUCAACGGGUAUCAUCCCGCGCGCUGCUCAACACUUGUUUGAGAAACUGGAAGGCCCGAAGCAUUCUCGCAACAGUUCCACCGGUCUCCGUACACCCUCGCGUUAUUCGGUCAGCUCCACAUCUAGCUUUGGAAAGUCGAGUAUAGAUAAGAACUGGCAGUUGAAAGCUACCUAUGUCGAGAUUUACAAUGAACAGUUGAGAGAUUUACUCCUGCCCGACUCCGUAGCCGCGGCGGACCGGAGCACCGUCACCAUUCGCGAAGAUACCAAGGGCCGCAUUAUUUUAACCGGCCUGCACCAGGUCAACAUCAAUUCGUUCGAUGACCUUAUCGGCGCCCUCAACUUCGGUUCCUCCAUUCGUCAAACUGAUUCCACUGCCAUCAACGCCAAGUCGUCGCGAUCCCACGCUGUUUUUAGUUUGAACCUGGUUCAACGAAAGUCCGCCAAUGGUACUAUCACGUCACCGAAAGACAAGCGCAUGUCGAUGCCGGCAGAUCUCUCUAGCAACGAUCAAUUCAUAACUGUCGACAGCAAGCUGCAUUUUGUCGAUUUGGCAGGAAGUGAGCGUUUGAAGAACACCGGGGCCUCCGGCGAGCGAGCUCGCGAAGGUAUUUCGAUCAACGCUGGUCUUGCCGCACUCGGAAAGGUCAUCUCGCAACUGUCUUCUCGCCAAGCCGGGUCUCACGUUUCGUACCGUGACUCCAAGCUUACUCGACUACUGCAGGACUCACUAGGUGGAAAUGCGUACACGUACAUGAUCGCCUGUGUUACACCAGCCGAGUUUCACCUCAGUGAAACCUUGAACACCGUCCAGUAUGCGCAGCGAGCGAGAGCCAUUCAAAGCAAGCCUCGCAUCCAGCAGGUUGCGGAUGAGAGUGACAAGCAUGCUGUGAUUGAGAGAUUAAAAGCCGAGGUUGCCUUUCUACGGCAGCAACUGCGCAACGCGGAGGAUAAUGACCGGCGGACUGUCGCUCCCCAGGAACGCACCGAACGCCAGAACGAGCGGGAGAUUGAACUCCAAAACCAGCUACUUGAUGUCCAAGAGGGCUACAACGCGCUGAGCCAACGACAUGCCAAGCUAAUUUCCGAGCUCGCAAGGGAUUCCCAGCCUGCAGAAGGUGAUAGUGAGACUGCGGUGGGGAACUCUGUCGAGAGGCUCAAGCGGUCGCACUCGUUUGCGCAGUCGGUUGAACAGGUCGUGCUCGAGUACGAAAAGACAAUUCAGAGUCUUGAGUCUUCGCUUUCAAACACUCGAGCUUCCUUGGCCACCACGGAAAGUACCCUCCUUGAACGCGAGACCAAGUGCACUUACGUGGAGACCGUGAACUCGCAGCUUCAAGCCCGCAUCCAGAAGCUCAUAGACAGGGAGGCAAGCACGGAGACUUAUCUACACGAGCUAGAGUCUAAAAUUGACGGUCAAACCUCUGGCGAAGAGCAGCACGCGGCAAUGGUGGCGGAGCUCCGCAAAGAGCUCACCCGCGCUCGCGAGAGCGAGGCUAGCUGCGAAGACUAUAUUUCUACCUUGGAAGAGCGAUUAGCUGAAGCCGACCAAGAUAUGGAGCUCAUGCAGCGAGAGAUUGACCGCCUGGAGCAUGUCGUGGAUCGUCAACGAAGCCUCGGAAAACUGGAUAAUCUUCUUUAUGAACUGGACCACAUUCAGCAGAAUGGCAAGAAGGAGGAUGAAAGCCCCGAGCAGCCUGAACAGAGCUCAACUCCGCCGGGAGCCUACCAACCCCGUAAACGAGGUUUGUCUCUUGACGUACUUACCGAAGCUGCCGAAACCGCUAUUCCUGAUUCUGACGAGGGUCUCUCUGACCCGAUCCCCGAGGAGGACGAGGACCAGGCCGCGGCCAGCGAGCCGGCGACGAAACAGGGUGAAUCCGACUUGAAGGUCCUUGAAAAUGCCACUAGUCGCCUCCAAUCACUCCACGAUUCACAGCCGCUCAGUCCCACUCAAAUGCGGGUUGUCUCUGAUAAACUGGAGACCGUCAGCCAGGAGCUCUUUGAUCUGCGCAUGCAGCACGAGACAACGCUCAAUGACUACGAAGCCCUUGAGGCCAAGUACGAGGAAGCCAUGCGAGCCAUGGCCGAGCUUCGGCAAGACGCCGCGGACGAGGCCCGCCACUCUGCCUCCCCCCAAAACAUCACUAUCUCUCGCCCGAUUUCUUUUUUAGAGGAUCCCAAGGCCCCCGCGUCGAAGACUGGAACACAACACUCCUUCUCGCAAUCACUCUCAUCGGAGUUAUCCUUGGCCGGGGAGCCUGCGACUUCGCGAGACUCAUAUAAUGUGAACACCCCUCAAACAACGGUGGGUUCGCAGGACGGAAACCUGUCGAACGGCGCUGACGACGAGCACAUGCGCAAACUCCUCUUGGAGCAUCAAGAGAGCGUGAACACAAUGAAGCAAAAGUACGAUGAGCUCCAGGCGGAGCACGAAGACACCUUGACCUUGAUUGAGUCGCUCAAGGCCGAGUUACAGAGGUCAAGAUCUUCAUCGCCGCCGGCCACGCCUGGCUUUAACGUCAUCCGCAGGAAGACCAGCCAGAGCAUUAUGUCUAACCUUGACCGCGCUCAUCGUUCGAUAAAUGGAUUACGCACUAUCGCUGCCGAGGAGUUUGUUUCCCAGCCUGAUACCAUGCAGAACUUUGAACUCCAUCUCGACGGCGCAAUGCACGAGCUCCAUGUUCGCAUGGAGCGUAUCCAGCAACUCGAGGCAGAGAAUCAGAGCGUUAAGAAGGAAAUGGAGACGAAAUCAACUAUCAUUUCCGGACUCACUCGCGAACGUUCUAGCUUGCAAGGAGCGUCUCCGGUCGAUCGAGGUCUUGUGAACCAGUUGAGAGACCAGGUUGUUCAGCAGGAGAACACCCUCGUCCAAAUGAAGGAAGCUCAUGAUAUGAGGGAGAAGGUCCUUCUUGAGGAAAUUGAGGAACUCAAGGCCAUCUUGAAGACUCAGGAGGAGGCCGCCAAGGCCCAGGAUGUCCACGUGGAGGAGCAGGAGAGGAAGAUUACUCAUCUCGAGGGUGAGCUGACGGAGUGGAAGAGUAAGCACCAGACCGCUAUUGAGUCUUUGCAGUCGUCCGAGAAUCAGCUCAAGUUUACCCUGGAGGAGUUGAACAGCGCACUCGCCACGAUUGACACCAUGGGCUCUGAUGGUGCUACCCGUGACGCCUCGGAUAAGGAGGCUACAGCUUCCGAGCUGGAGAGUGAGCGUGCCCGACAGAAGCAGGUUGUGGAAGAAUUGACCCGCAAGAUUGAAGAGCACGAAAGCACGGCUGCUACCCACCUUGAGAAAAUCGCGUCCCUUGAGAAGUUGCAAGAGGCGCAAAAGCACGCGACUGACUCUGCAUCGACAUCGACCGAGGUUGAAGUCCGCCAGGCUCGUAUCAACGAGCUGGAGCAGGAAAUCGGCAGCCACAAAGACCUCGUCGAGUCGUACAAGAAAGACCUGGAGUCUUUGCAGCAGUCUCACAAACAUGAAUUGGAGGAGCUCGAAGCCCGAGCAAAGGCUGCAGCUGACGCAGAACACGACCUGCGCCUUGCGGAGCAGAAUAACCAGCACGAAGAGGCUAUGAAGGCUCUACGAACUGAGAUCUCUGAAUCUCGAGACGAGCUGGUCAAGUUGCUCAGCAUGGUCUCCAAACUCAUCAAGUCUGAUGUUACCACAGACAACCUGGCUGAUCAAAUCCAAGACAUCUUGAUGCAAAAGCAGCACUUUUCUGACAAGUAUGCCGAGAUGUUGGACGCGAACGAGGAUCUCCGCACGCAGAUUGAAGCCAGACAGAAUGAUGCCAGCCGCGUGGACGAGCUCAACAAGGCGAUCUCAGUCAAGGAUGGCAAGGUUAACGAACUUGCUCUGCUUGUUGCUACUUUGGAGGACACUCUCCUGCAGCGUGAAGAGCAGAUCAAGAAGAAGGAGGCUUUGGUCGCGGAAGCCCUGGCCGAGAAGCAGAAGAGCGCUCGCCUGGUGGAGGAGCUCGAGGACCAGAUCACCAACAGCUUCGACCAGCACAACAACCGCCUCUCUGUUAUUCAGCAAGAGCGCGACCAGGCUUUGGAAGACGCCAAAGCUAAAAUUAUAGUCUACGAGAAAGACAUUGAGACUUACCGUGUGCGCAUUGAGCAGCUCGAGCUGCAAAUCAAGAACCAAGACCCCUCGCACGACCGCAGCAGCUCUCUUACAUCCAACCUCCGCAAGAGCUCUUCGGCCGCCUCCCUUCCCUCACCCCCGCCAGCCAUUCCCCUUCCACCUCUUCCCACCAUUGCCGCUGGGGCUAACGGCGCCUCUUCUCCACCAAGCUCUCGGCACACUAGCAAAGAGCUGGUGGGCAGCCAGGUCGUCGAAGAGCAGGAGGCUCGCAUCCGCACUAUUGAGAAGCACCUUAACGCUGAGAAGCAGCUCACUGCCACCUUGGAGGAGGCUCUCGGCGACCUGGAAGCGCAGAGCAACAAGGUCAAGUCGGACUGCGAGGCUUGGAAGAAGAAGGCUUGGCAGUUGGAAGAGGAGCUGACCACCCUCCGCAAGGAGCGCAACUCUCAACGUCUCUCCCUCCAGGCGGUCGAGGAGGAGAGGAGCGCCCGCCGCGAGGCCGAAGCCGCGCGCGCCCAGCUCGAGGAGCGCAUGGCUGCCCUGAACAAGAAAAAGAAGAAGAGCACGCUGAACUGCUUCUAA